AUGAUCAUCUCAUCGAUGUCAACUAGAACAGCAGCAACUGCCUGUCUUUUCUUGCUGGCCGUCUCAUUGGCCAAUGCCGCCAUCAUCAACAGGUCAGGUGAUGACGAGAACAACGUAGUCGACAUCGCCGAAAUGUCCAGCAUUAUUGAUGACGGCACUGAUGCCAAAGUUGUGGCGUUGUACGAUGUUCUAAAGGAAAUUCUCGUCGCACCAGCUGAGCCGAGUCAGCCAAUGGCCCCAAUCAGGAAGAGGACGUGCUACUUCAACGCGGGAAUGUCCCACAGCUGCGAUUACAACGAGGUGCUCAAAACGGUCGACGACGUCAACCACUGGAGCAGUGACUACACUCCGGGCAGGCGCCGGAAGCGUCAACCCAUCACCACACACCGUGGAAGGGCGCCAACACGUUGGCUUGGAUGAUGGACGCUCAACAUUUUGAAGAAAUCCCUCAUCCCCUCUCAGAAACAACUCGUCCCGACCUUGACACAAGCUUAAUCCUUUACAUUUUUAAAUACUUCCUUCUUCGUCGUUUCCCAUCUUCCACGAAAUCCGGAUAUCCAUCAGGUAUUUCUGCCCAACCCACAAAACUCAGAAGAAUUCCGGCCAAAUAAAUCUCAAGUUGAUUUUGAUGUUGUGCAACAUUUCGAUGCAACGUGAUUUAUUCGGAUGUCAAAACUCCUCUCGAAAAAAGCUUGAGAUCACUAUUAUGACAUCCCUUAUUUCAAUUGCAUGAAGAAAAAUCUAUUACUUGCUAUUAUUAUUUUUCCUUUUUUGAGCACAGUCAUUAUUCAUAAAUAAUUUAGCCCCUACAUGCAGUAGACUACAACAUCACAAUAAAUAAAUGGAAAGAAAAGGAGACAAUAAAUCCACUGUUUUCAUUUUGAAAACACGUCGACGACGCCCCGAUAUGGAAUGCUGCUGUCGUCCCUCGCUCUCGUCAUAGUGUUUCCAUCCGAUCCAACGUCCCUUUACACACACGUGCAUCCGUCGUGAGCAAAUCUGCAUACAUGAAAUAAUUCAUGCGUUGUUGUCUAUUGUUCCAGUAUAAUAGAAUUUUCAGUGUUUUCGAUUUUUUUUUGCUUUUCCAACUUUCGGUUUGCGAUUGUGAACAAUCCCGUUACAUCAACGUAGUACAACAAACUAUUACAAAGCGUUCCUUUCGUCUUGUUGUUGUAGACCCCAAAGAUGAAUAAAUCGAUGAUAAAAAGAUG